AUGGAUAAGUCUUGGAUGCAUGCUGAUAGGAGAUCACAUACAUAUAAGCUAGGUGUUCAGGAAUUCCUUAAGUUUGCUGUAGAGAAUGCAAGCGAUAUAGAUCAUAUCUGCUGUCCCUGCGCUAAAUGUGGGGGUACAGAUGGGUUCUUAUCAGCUAGGAUGAUAAAAGAUCAUCUAUAUUGGAAUGAAGUCAAUGGUGAAAACAAUAGCCAGCUUAUCCAUGGUGUUCCAUUGGACAAGGGAAACAGGCGUGUGUCAAUUGUCACUUCUCUAGUGGAUGAAGCUAAGCUUCCAUUUCCGAUUAAAGAUGAAAUAGUGACUGUUCGAGAUGCUAUCGGGACUUAUGUGGCCUGGCCUGAAAACCUUAUAAUUUUUCAAUGCGAGUCUAAGACGACAGCAAAGAGUAAAGGAUUGAAGAAGAGAAAAAGGGCAGAUGAAGAUGAUGAUGAAGAGGAAGAUAUAGACACUGCAUCACUGCCACCAACUACUCCUGCAUCUCUUAUUGCGGUAUGCAAUUGGGCCAAAGAAAGAAUGAGAAAUGCGCAAACAAUUAUCUGCGAGUUCGAUGAAAAGAUUUUCGGACAUCCAUCCAAAACUUUUAUCUGCAAACAUGAUAUUAAUAAUUUUGUUACCAUGAAGGAAGUAUCGGGCAGCUGCAUAGGCAUCUAUAUUCGCUACCUAUAUUGUGUGUUGGAAAAAACAAAAAUGGUAGAUAUGGUUGGAUUUCUGGACAAUACAGAUGUUGGUGCCAUUGGGUGUGGCAGUCCAAUUGAGCGUUCCCGUGCUAUCGCCGAUAGGCUAAAACGAGCAAAGCGUGGUCAGAUUAUUUUGGUGCCAUAUAACUCUGGAUGUCAUUGGAUGCUGACUGUACUCAGUCCUGAAGAAGACAUUGUCUACUUCAUGGAUCCAUUAAAGAGGAGACUCUGCACAGGAGAGUGGAAGAAUAUUGUUGAUAAUGGCAUCAAAAUACAUAAUGCUCAACUCAAGAGGCAAGGCAGAAAGGCAACUACUUGGAAAAACUGUGCGGGUAUUCCGGAGCAAAAGACGGACAAAGACUGUGGAUAUUAUGUAAUGAGAUAUAUGAAGGAAAUAGUGGAAGAUAAGAGCUUAGAUUUUUUCACCAAGUGGGAGAGAAGAGGCAAAGCAGCAUAUACCCAGGAAGAUAUUGAUGUGGUCAGAAAUGAGUGGGCAAAGUUUAUUGUGAAGACAUAUAUGUAAGCAUUGUGCUUGGUACUUAUGGAGCUAUAUCUUCUUUUUUAGUUGAGUUGAAACUUUGUUCUAUGGAUUU